AUGGCCGUGUUGGAAAGACUUGAACCAGGAACGCUGCGCCAUCUAGAGGACGACAUACUGCUGCAAAUCAUUGAUGAACUCCACUCGCCACUCACUGAUCUUGCGUCCCUCGCGCAAACGUGCGUGUGGGUACGAAGCCUCUGCUUACCGACACUCUUCCGGGAUGUCAAAGCGUCUUCAAAGGAUCUGAUACAGAGCCCUUCCUCCUUUAUACCGGAUCAUCUUUGGCCAUACGUUCGAACACUUUUCCUCCACGGGCCUUUCCGUAGGUUCAGGCCACAUAGCGGCUACAAAGGCUACUACGGUGACGUGGUCGGAUCAGAGCAUAUUCAAGACGCGUCCAGCCACGAGUGGCGCGUGGCGGACUUUCUGGCGAUCGCUCUGCGGUCAAUUCCUCGGCUAAACGCAGUGAUUAUCGGCAUUCCCAACAUGCUCCCCAAUGGAAUAGACGGUGAGAAGAUCGGAGUUCCUCCGAAAGUCAUCGAAUCCAUCCUGCGUAUCCCCCAACUCCGCCAUUUCGAGGUCAUUGGCUCUCUUUAUCAUCCCUACGACCCCCCGUAUUGGGACUGUCCGACGAUCGUCGCCACGUUAACCACGUUCAAAUCUAAGCCACUCCCUCUACGCCAAAACUCCAGGAGCAACGAACGCGAGGCAACUCUACUGCGACUGCUCGUCCCUCAACUGCGUUCGCGUAUCCGCGUCCUUCAUCUCCCCAUGGAAGCUGUUCCCUUCUCCGAACUGUCGCAACACAAUUGGCCAUGUCUACGCGAGCUCGUCAUCGAGGGAAUGCACUACCAAGGGGGACCCCGACCUACAUUCAUUCUCGUUCUCGCACUGAUGCCCGAGCUUCGACUUCUCCACCUCCGCGUCGUCCGCAGCCUGCUUACAAUUGGAGUGAAUACGAGAGAUCGUAUCAUCUGGCCCGAGGACGUCUCCGCCGGAGCGAUGCCGUGGCCGUUCCUCGAGGACCUUGUCGUCACUCAACCCCAGCCUGACGAUCAGAUAUGGGCCCAUCUCCCCUCGACGCUGCACACCCUCCGCCUGCGUACAUGGCCUCAUCCGCACAGCAUAGACGCGCUCAAUCCUGGAAUUUACAAACACGGCAGAAACGACCUUCUCCGAUGGUCUAUGUACGUCCCCGUCGACGAACACGUCCUCCGCAUCAUCCGCGCGUGCGCCGCAACCGGAAUCUCAACGCUCGAGCUGGAGUAUAUAAUCACGGGAGACGGAAACGUCGAAGACGCGCUUCUCUGUGAAGUCGCGGAGCGCUUCCCUCGCCUCGAGCGGCUCACGAUCUAUCGUUACGACGACACGGUGGAUUAUGAAGGGCACGACAAUACACCCGAGCCUCCGCGACCCUUGGUAUGCCCACAGUCACUCUCCUGCGUUUAUUUGAGCUCAUAG